AUGCAAUUCAUAAAAAAUACAAAUACAAAUAUUAUUAAUAGUAAUAAUAAUAAUAGUAAUAAUAAUAAUAAUAGUAGUGAUAUUAAUAAUAAUACAAAUAAUAAUACAAAUAAUAAUACAAUUAAUAAUAAUGGAAAUACACCUUUUAAAAGAGACCCUUUUGGUGGUGGAAGUAUGAUGAUGAGAAGACCAUUUGGUUUAUCUAAUCCUUUUUUGUCCGGACAGUCAUCAUCAACAUCAUCAACAUUGUCUGCACCAUCUACAUCAUCUACAUUAUCUUCACCAUUAGCAGCUGCAACGUUUAUUGCUCCAACUACUACCUCUUCAACUAUAUCUUCAUCAUCAUCAUCGUAUGAAAGUGGUACUACUUCUUCAGCUAGUAGUACGACUACGAAUCGUCAACAUGUAUUACCAUCAUUAUCAUCUACAACAUCUACAUCAUCAUCGACUUUAUCGACAUCACCUUCUUCACAUUUAUCAAGACCGACAUCUUCAUACCUCUUUUCACACGACACUGCAAAUAAUGUUUCUUCAUUGUCAUUUUCCAAAACAAAUACAAAUAAUCAUUUGCAAAUCAACAUCAACAACAACAACAACAACAACAACAACAAACCAUCAUUGGUUGUUUCACCUCCACCUCAAAAGAAACAACAACAACAACAACAACAACAACAACAACAAGUAGAAGUAAAGAAGAACAAUGAUGAUGAUGAUGAUGAUGACGGUGAAAUUUAUUACGAAGAUUAUGACUUUGAAGACGAUGACAUGGGAGAUCUAGAUGAUGAAUAUAGUCAAGAUACAGACGAUGAUUAUGAUGAUGAUUAUGAAGAAGAACCAGAAGUUAUAGAAGUGAUUGAAACUAAAGUAGAAAAGAAACAUCACCAUCAUCAACAAGCUGCGCUCGCACUACCACCACCUCCACCUCCAUCAAUGUCUACAAGAAAAACAUCAACUAGAACAAUCAAACCGAAUCAAUUGUACACUGAUCAAUUUGUUAAUCUUACCGAUAAACGAACUACUCAUCAUCAUAACAAGAGUAGUAGUAGUGAUGAAAAGGAUCAUGUUCAUGAAAAGAAAAGGGUUAGCAAAGUUCAAGUUAUUCCUGCUCCCACUCGCACUCUGGAGAUAGCCACUACUUCUACGACAUCAACUACAUCAACUUCUACUAUAUAUCCACCUCCAACUGAUAUUGUUGGACCUACCAAAAGAUGUACUGAAGCAUACCAUGAAAAAUGGUGGAAAUCAUCUGCACUGAUAUCAGUGACAGAGUUUUAUGAUACCAAGCAACGUUGCAAACGAUGUUAUAUUGAAAUACAGAACCAAAGGAAAAGGGGGUAUUUCACGGUACUAGCAACACCGCUGACAGGAGAAAGAAAGGAAAGAAAAGAACAAACCAAAACCAACAACACCAAAGACAAGACCAAAACAGAAGCCGAAAAGAAAGAAAAACAAGAGAGAGAAAAAGAAAAAAAGGAGAGAGAAAAGAAAGAAAAAGAAAAAGAAAGAAAAGAAAGAGAGAGAAAAAGAGGAAAAGAAAGAAAAAAGAUAGAGAAAAAGAAAGAGAAAGAGAAAAAGAAAGAGAAAGAGAAAUUAAAAUUGGAACAAGAAGAAGAAGAAGUAGAAGAUGAAGAUGAAGAUGAAGAUAUUGAUGAUGAUGAUGAUGAUCAAGAUCAAGAUCAAGAUGAUGUAGUAUCAGUCCGUCAGUCAGAGGGUCUAUAUCAACUAGAGGUAGAAGGACCUAUACCACCUCAUGAUAGUCGACGUACAGGAAGACCACCUCUCCCUGUCAAUCCGGAAAUAAUGAAUUUAAUCGACAUUAAAUUCAAGAGUUGUAUAAAUGAUCGUCACAAUGUUUGGUGGGGUACUAGUCACAAGGAUUUACCAAUCUCUGACUUUUAUAUUAGAAAUGAAAAAUUGAUAUCUGGAAAAUGUAAAAAAUGUUAUACUGAAUUACAAAAAAGAAGACAAAAAGCGAAAAGAAUUCAAAAAGCUGAAGCUGCUGCAGCAGCUGCUGAAGCUGCAACACUCAAUUGGAUCAAAUUAAAUGAAAUAGAUAUUGAGGAGGAACAGGGUAUUGAAGGUGACUACGAAAUGGGAGAACAAUUGGAUGACAAUAAUGAUAAUGAUAAUAAUGAUAAUAAUAAUAUUCGUAAAAAGCAAAAGACGGGACAUGCCAACAAUAAUAAUAAUAAUAAUAAUAUAGGUGGAAUAUCGAGCAUACCACCAUCUCAACCAGGUCUGGUUAGUACUAUACGUACAUGUACAUUUCCAUUGCACAAAGAGUGGUGGGGAACCAAGGCAGAGAAUCUCCCCAUCUCGAUGUUUUAUUUGAUUGGUAAUUGCUACCGCAACUCUUGCAAGUUGUGUUAUUGUCGUCGUGCCAAACUCAACAACCCAGACAAUAAUGCCGAUCAUCCCGUCAACCAGAUCGAUCCCAAACAGCUGCGAGUGUGCAUUGACGUGACUCACUUUAGUCGUGUGGGAAAUAACGAUGCUAUUCCUCUGACGAGCUAUUACUUGCGUAACGGAAGAUACUCGCUUAAAUGCAAGGUCUGCUAUAGUGGCGCACAAAACGAACGAAAAAAGGCGAAAAACCUUCGUCGAAAAGAAGCAAUGCGGGUGCUUGUGGAAAAGGCUCUUGCCAAACGGGCUGCUGCUGCCAAUGCUGCAGCAGAUGCCGAGCAAGAUCAAGAGGACGACGAAAACGGCGACGAAAUUGUACAAAAAAGAAAAAGAAUAGAGUUGGAUCAAAUUGAUGUUACCUCUGUCAAGAAUUGUAUCAACCCUGACCAUUUUGAAUGGUGGGGAAAGAGUCAUGAAAACAUCUCCAUCCUACUCUUUAGAGAUGGUAGAAAUAUGUUGGACAUAUGUACAGCUUGUCAUUACAAGAAAAAGUUACUCGAAGAGAUUAAUUAUCCAGAUGAUGAAGAUGAACAAGAACAAGAUCAAGAUCAAGAUCAAGAUCAAGAUCAAGAUCAAGAUCAAGAUCAAGAUCAAGAUCAAGAUCAAGAUAAUAUUAUUGAAGAUGAUGAUGAUGAAGAUUUUGAAGAUGAUAGUGAUACUCAAAGUGAUAGUGAUAGUUUUAAUAAUAAUAAUCAAAAUAAUGAUCAACAAAUGAAUGAAAAUGGAAAUGAUAGUAUUACUUCUACAACAUCAACAUCAAGCACACCUCCUUCAUCUUCAAAUACUCCUCCUCCAACUCCCAAUGUUAAAAAGACAUGUUCAGAUCCACAACAUUUGGAAUGGUGGAAGUCUGAUCCAAAUGAUCUACAAGGUGUUGAAUUUUAUUGGAGUAGUGGAAAGUUUGCAAGUACUAAAUGUAAAAAAUGUUAUAAUCGUCAUCAAAGUGAAAAGCAAAAGCAAAAAAGAGCAGAAAAGCAAGUAUUGAAAGCUCAAGCCGCUCAAGCAGCUAAAUUGGUUCACUUGGCUGAAUUGGAGAAACUCAAAGCAAUUGGCCAAUCUCAUCCAAGACAAAAAGAAUAA